CCUGAAAAAACUCUGGCAGUCCAGAGAAAAUACAUUAAAACAUAUUAAAAAUCAAAACUUGAGCUUAAAAGAAGGAUUUUAUACUUGACGUAUCAAAGUCCUUUUUCCAAGAAGUAACCGGAAGUUGAUUUUGUUCCGGAUACGGAAAUGCUUACAAUACCUGUGAGGUCCUAUUAUGGUAUCACUUUAUUAGUAAUUGUUGUCGUUUCGAUUAUCGUAAUAAUCGAUUGAGAUAUUAGAUUAAUAAAAUUGACUUCUUUUCGACGUGCUGUAUCAAUAAUCAAAAGCAAGUUCGUAUAGGCACGUUUUCAAGAUAGAAAAGUAAUGAUUUCAUGUAUUUUUUUUCAUUUGGAUUAGUCAAGAUCAAAAGUGCGUUGUAAUAGUGUCGCGAUCUGUUGUGGUAAAAUAAUGUUAUUUUAAAAAUGAUUACUAAAAAGUGCAUUUAUUUUGUAAUGGUCUGCUUCAGUAUCAACCGAGUAUUCUCACAGACGCCACCGAAAGUGCCACAGCUGUUUCUUCCGAACCCAUCAGUGACCAUCCAGCAACCAUCAACUCAAACACAGAAUGCCCAGAAACCCUCAGACGUUCCAUUAACAAUCAAAGCUUUGAACACUGGACUGCCCAAGUCUACACAAUGUGGGUCUUGCACAGAAACAUUGAGCAACAUCGUCCAAUUUCUAGCGGCUAGAGAUGUUCAAAAAGCUUCCACUUCAACCAUUGCUAAAGACGUCGAAGAAACGAAAGAGAAACUAAUGAAAAUCAGCAAACAAUCAGUACUUGAUUCUGCUAGUGAUUUCAUACGAGAGAUUUUAGAAAGGAAUUACAAGAAACAGGCAUCCGGACAGACUAUUUACACGAAUAAUCCAGCCGCUCCUCUACUAUCAAAACCGAUUGUGCCUCAAAACCCUUCAAAAUGCGUUAAACUGACCUUUACACCAAAUACAGGACCUAACAGUAACUACGCUGGCAACCCUAUCCAGCCAAACAACCUUAUGCAAGCUACGACUAACCCGAUUCAGCCUUUGUUCAGCCGUACAUCGGCAAUUAAGGUCCCAAUACAAAAUAUUGUAGGUCCAGUACAAACUUUGGCCAACCCUUUACAGUCUAUAACUAAUAAGUUUCAGCCUUCAGGCUACCCCAUGCGGAGAAUUGGUAACCUUAUGCAGCCUUCAGUCAAUCCAACACAGAUUAGGCCCAAUCCUGUUGUUCAGUAUGUACGGCAGAAUCCAGUUCAAUAUAAUACUAGAUACCCUCAGCCGAAUUCCAAUCAAUAUCCCCUAGCUAAUCAAAAUACGGGUUACAUCAAUAACUUGCAAAGACCCCAAAUGUAUACGAAUAUUUGUGGCUCACUCCCAGUGAAUAAUGGUUAUUUAAAUAAACAGUCUAAUUAUUUUGUGAAUAAUCUUUCGCCUGUGCCUAACAGUCGUUGUGGAAAUUGUCUUGCUAAUCAAAAUAACCAAUAUAGGGUACUUGGCCCUUUGUAUGGACAGAGAACCAUAUAGUUAGAUUUAUACUUUUAGGUACCCUGAUUGAUUUAACAUCACACUUAAAUUAAUGGUUUAAUAUUUUGUCCUAAUAACUCUGACCUUACUCGACCUCACUGUAGAUCAUCUAACAUAGAUUAAGAUUUUUUUACUUUUUGUACUCUUUUUUAAAUGAUAUAAAUAAAGUUAUGCGAUUUAAAAAUGAUUGCGCGUAUUCAUUAAGUAAAGUAUCAUCAGAUU